CUGUGGCCACCGGGGCAGCUCAGGUGGCAAACGCAGCCCAGAGAGGGCUGUGCCCGACCCCGACGUGCCCGGGAGGGGCUCGGGGGCCUCUGGCUUCAAGGAUGGGCUUGGGGCCACCAGGAUUUGGCAGCCGGGAUCCCACGGGGGUGAGGAGGUGCUGGCAGCGCCGAGUUCUUGCACAAAGCGUGAACCGUGAUCCCCUGGCACUGAGGACGGGAUUUCAUCACCCCCGACGCUGCCAGGAGCUCGUAUCUGAUGUCCCAGGAGAGGAUGAGUCCCCUCGGGAUGAGAGAUGAGCAGUUUUGCAAGGCCAGCUCACAGGAGAAGCUCCAAACCAGCUGGGAGCAGGAGGUUCCCAAACUCCUGAAUCUGUACACAGCCCCCGACUCGUGCGAGGGACGCUGCGGGGAGCCCCUCAAUGAGGAGGACGAGUGUCACUGUCACCCCGAGUGCCAGGCACAGCACAACUGCUGCGAGGACUACGAGAGGCACUGCGGGCCCGGUGGGGAAGGCGCCGAGGGCGGAGCUCGAGCCCGCGACGGAUUCUCCAGCAGGGGCGACUCCAUCACGGAGCAGGAGCUGCUGCAGCUCUCGGAGCAGCUCUACGCGCUGGAUCACAACAAAGCCCGGCCCAGCGACAUCGCCAUCAACCCGCAGCACCUGGCGGGCCCCGGCGACACUGGCGACAAGCAGGACCGGUCCCCGCAGCCGCUCUACAAGUACGUGAACGAGCAGCUCUUCUCCAAGCCCACCUACGCCAGCUUCAUUAAGCUGCUGGAUAAUUACCAGAGGGCCACGGGCAGGGAGGAGGAGGUGACGGCCGAGGAGCUGCGGGAGCAGGAGCGUUUCCUCGAGGAGGUGAUGAAAACGGAGCUGAUGAAGAAACUCUUUGUGUUCCUGCAGGGAAAAAACCGCUACAGCUCCGAGCAGGAGUUCCUGCAGGACCUGAAGCAGAUGUGGUUCGGCCUCUACUCCCGAGGGGACGGAGAGCGCGAUUCCAGCGGCUUCGAGCACGUGUUCUCAGGGGAGGUGAAAAAGGGAAAAGUGUCUGGAUUUCACAACUGGAUCCGCUUCUACCUCCUGGAAAAGCAGGGGGUCGUCAACUACUUCAGCCACAACUUCAACGGGCCGUGGGACACGUACCCCGACGUGCUGGGGCUGCAGUUCAGCUGGGACGGCUUCUACAAGGAGGUGGGCUCGGCCUUCAUCGGCUGCAGCCCCGAGUUCGAGUUCGGCCUCUACUCCCUCUGCUUCCUCGCGCGGCCCGGCCGGGCGUGAGUGCUGACCCCGCGUCCCUCUGUCCGUCCCGACUCCUUCUGUCCGUCCUGAGUCCUUCUCUGUCCGUCCUGAGUCCUUCUGUCUGUCCUGAGUCCUUCUGUCCGUCCUGAGUCCUUCUCUGUCCAUCCCAGAGUCCCUCUGUCCAUCCCGGGUCCUUCUGUCCAUUCUGUGUCCUUCUUCCUGCCCCGUGUCCUUCUGUCCAUCCCAUGUCCUCCUGUCCAUCCCGAGUCCUUCUGUCCAUCCCAGUGUCCCUCUGUCCAUGCCAAGUGCCUCUGUCCAUCCUGAGUCCUUCUGUCCACCCCAUGUCCUUCUG